AUGACCUCAAACACUGCCCCUCAGAAUGCUAGAAAUACAAGACCAACAGCUCCAUUUACAACAAUGCUAAGAUCAAGAAUAAGGCAACCACAAUUCUAUUGGUUCUUGGGACAUUUACUUACAUUAUAUCAUUUCCUCAGAUUCCAUAUCGCCAUAUUAUCUAUACCAAAGCAAAAAUAUCAUUAUAGAAUGAUCUUACUAAAUAUUUCAAUCACUUACGGCAUAGUCCUUUAUCAAUUCAUCAAGAGUAAACAAUUACAAUUGAAUUGGAAUAAUCUAAGGCAAAAUUUGAAAACCUUAGAUAAUUUACAAUAUUUCAUCAUGUUAUCCACUUUACUCAUUUGUUCCAUAUUAUCUCGUGGUAACGUUACAAUUAAUGGUGCUUCAUAUGGUCCUGUCAUUUUCUCUUUAUUCCAUUGCUUAAAUUAUUUUAAAGAAAAUUUAUUACCAUUUUUACCAAUCUCAAUUGUAUGGAAAAAUCUAAUAAAUACAAACAUUUCAAUCUUCAUUAAUAAUUAUAACGGGAAAUUCUUAACCAUGGCUCAAACUUUAGAAAUUUUAUGUGCAUUACGUUUAGCUUCUUAUGGAUUACCAAUCGCUUUAUUGAAAACUUUAAUCAUGCCAUCCCUUAAUCAUAUAUUAUCCCUAUUAGCAACAGUAAAUUAUAUAUGGUUCUUUAAAUUAAGAUUCUUACAAAGUCAACCAAUGAGAUUAAUAAUGAAUGAAUUCAUUAAAAAGAUUGAUAUCACCGUUAUGAAUUCAAAUUUACCACCUAACAUUAAAUCAUAUUGGAAUAAAUACAAAAGUAUCGUAAAGAAUUUAUUCGACAAGAUUCCUGCAUAG